AUGGUUGUAUCCAGGCAAUUUAUCAGUGAUAUCAUCGUAGCACUGGAUAACCUAGAUCGAAAUCUUGUGCUACAGAUAGCUCGUGGCUUAUUGAAUAUCGUACAAUCGCAUAUGAUUUCAUACGAAGAACAAGUAACAGCAUUGCGUUUUCGACUUGCUGAUGUUUACGAAGAACAGGGUAAUUUUGAGGAAGCAGCAAAAAAUCUCAUUGCUAUUCCACUGGAGACCGGACAGAGAGGCGGAAACGUAACAGCAUUGCGUUUUCGACUUGCUGAUGUUUAUGAGGAACAGGGUAAUUUUGAGGAAGCAGCAAAAAAUCUUAUUGCUAUCCCACUGGAGACCGGGCAGAGUGAUGAGAAGCGAUGGUUUGGUGUUGAAGAUCAAGUUUUUGAUUCGUCUAAUUGGGCAAACAGCCCCAUUAAUCGUUGGUUUUUUCCGUUGACACUUUAUGCUCGUGUAUUGGACCAUCGCAAUAAAUUUAUCGAAGCAGCCCAGCGAUAUUACGAUCUGUCGAUUUUCCAGACAGGUUUAUCCAAUGCCGAAAAAAUGCAAGCGCUUACAAAUGCUAUUUCCUGUGCAAUUUUAGCUUCACCAGCUCAUCAACGAUGCACACGUGAAGGAUGGAGUGUGCUUAAGCGAGCGAUUGUCGAGCAUAAUUUUAUUGCUGUUAGUCGAAUCUUCACCAAUAUUACAUUCGAGCAGCUUGCCAAACUUUUGGAUAUCGACAACAAGCAGGCCGAAAAAAUGGCAUGGCAAAUGAUCGCUGAUAAACGUGUCAGCGGAAUGAUGGACCAGAUUGAUGGACUUAUACAUUUUACACCGUCAGUGAAUGAUGAUGCGAUAACAGGAAGAGAAGCACUGGCCGAAUGGGACCAGCUGAUCGGAGAGCUGUGUCAUCACGUGAACACGAUCAGCGACAUGAUCGAAUUGAAGCAUCCGUUGUGGUGCGAAACGCUCAAGCAAAUUAGUAACUGUGCAUAA